AUGAUGGUGGCAAACACAUUGAAACAGGUGAUCAGGAGAUCCAGAGAAGUUGCUGAGCAGUUUCAGCGCCACCUGGAGGCUCUCACAGAAGAAUUUGCUGCUAGACAUGAUUGUGGUGCUAGAGGGUUUAGAAGAAAGCGUCAUUUGGUUCGUAUACCGGUGAGGGCCCAUCGUCAUAAUCCGUUUGUUGGCGAAUGCAGGCGGAGAUUCCACUCUUCCCAUUGCGGGUUUGCGCAUGCUUAUUUCACGAAUGUUCUUCAAAUUCACAUCUCGCGUGCACGUUCUGCCCAAAAUUUUGUGGCACGUACUCUCUGUGAGUCCUUUGAGAAACUGUUGUAUGUUCCUCGUAAGCCGGCUGCUGCUAGCAAAGCGGGUUUUGCGGGCCAUUACUUCCUCAGAGGACUUGUUGGUGAUCCCAAUGUUACACUGCAACUUCCUGGGCUGGGACCAGGCUUUUCCAUACCUUGGCGGGAGGAUCCGGUCAAGAAGGCGGUAGAGACAAUGAAGGUGGGGCUCAUGCGGAUGGGCCAAUACCAAGUGCCCAGCCUUGUUUCUGCACCCACGAAGCCUCAUCCAGGAUCGAUGAAAGCCAAGGAGGCAUAUGCGGUGGAAUGUCUGGCUCUGGCCAGGUGCACUGAUGGCGGUGCAUGUGUAGACUUCAACGUUGCGUUGGCACAGAACUUGCAGAUGCCCAAAACCUUGAUCAUGGAUGACGACGUUAUCCAGUCGUUGAAGACGGAUUUGGAGUGCUACCAGAUUGAGCUCGAUGCGGUUUAUGCCGAUAUUGAAAUGAUCAAGAAUUCUUUUGGAUCGUUGUUCAUCAGUUUGGAGGAAGACGGAACAGUCAUCCGCGUGCACUUCCCCAAUUGCGAUGUUGAGAAGUGCGAGAUGUUGAUGCGGGAGAUUGGUGUAACGAGGGGUACUGUCAAAGAGUUUGUACCAGAAAAUGGAACUAGCAACGACAUGACUGAUUUGCCGGGAUCCACUGCAUCUUCGUCUUUCUUUUCGUCGUUUUCAUCAAUGUCGGACUCGGAACUGUUAGACGGGUCGUUCGACUCAUACCCAUUGUUGUCAUCGCCUCAAUUGACAGAUGCGUCUUCGGUAUCGUCUCGCUCCGUCUCUGAAAGAGACUACUUCCCGUUGUUAUCUUCCACUUCCCCUUCGGCAGUCAUCGAGGAUGACCAGGUCACAGACCACAGACUCAUGAUGGACCUGGUUUUGUCUGGAAACGAUGGGUCCAGUGGGCUGCUCUAUGUCAACUCUCUCGAGAUCUAG